AGCGGCGCAGUGAGCGCGAGAGACGCGGCGGCGGCGGCGGCGGCCCCGCGGGCGGGAGGAGGAGGAGGAGGAGGGGAGGAUGAGCGAGUACCUGGUGCUGGGGCUGCGCAGCCUGGUCUGGUUGGCCGUCAAGGUGUGGAGUCUGUGCCUGGAGGCGGCGCGCAGACAGGUGCGAGCGAUUAUCCAGUACCAGACCGUUCGUUAUGACGUUCUUCCUCUCUCUCACCUUUCCCGGGUCAGAUUAAAUCAGGUGAAAAGGAAAAUCCUAGUUUUAGACUUAGACGAAACAUUAAUCCAUUCACACCACGAUGGGGUGUUAAAGCCCGCAGUGAGGCCAGGCACGCCACCAGACUUCAUGCUGAAGGUCCUCGUAGACAGACAUCCCAUCAGAUUUUUUGUACAUAAAAGGCCUCACGUGGACUUUUUUCUAGAAGUGGCCAGCCAGUGGUAUGAGUUGGUGAUCUUCACAGCAAGUAUGGAGAUCUACGGUGCAGCUGUAGCAGACAAACUAGACAACAACAAGAAACUAUUAAACAGAAGAUACUACAGACAGCACUGCACACUUGAGUUGGGCAGCUAUGUAAAGGACCUGGCAGCCAUUCACAAAGACCUCUCCAGUAUUAUAAUAUUGGAUAAUUCUCCGAGUGCAUACAGGGGGCACCCAGACAAUGCAAUACCUAUCAAGUCUUGGUUCAGUGAUCCUGGAGACACAGCGUUAUUAAAUCUAUUGCCUAUGCUUGAUGCAUUGAGAUUCACGUCCGAUGUCCGGUCCGUCCUUAGUAGAAACCUGCACCAGCAUCAGCUAUGGUGACGUUGGCUUCAGCUGCUGCUUCUGUUUCUUUUAAUCGUCCGUUCUCCCCGCUGCUGCCUCCUCCUCCCGUGCUAGAAACUUUUUAUGAACGAGACUGCAGUGCUGGGGGGAGGGAAGGUGGGGUGAAGAGAGAGACAGAGCUGAACGUCCAUGGAGUGAGCUGAGCUCAGCCGGAUUGGAUCGCCCAUUCGGGAAUGCUGUUCUACAGCUUUUUAUACAACUUCAAAUCAGUGCUGGAAAGACUCUCGUCCACAAAAUCUAUUUAAAUUUCAUCUCUGCAUUCUCCUUUCGAGAUUGGUCUAUUUUAGCCUGAAACGCCUCACUCUCGGAGCAAUGAUUUUAUUUUAUUUAAUUUAUGUUUUUUUUAAAAAAAAGGAAAGGUCUUUUUUUUCGACUCCACAAAAAGAAGCCUCAAACGACUUAAUUCAUCAGUUUUUAAAAGUAAAGACUGUCAGUGAGAUUGCCCCCCUGUUGAAUAGGGGGUGAAUUUUAACCACUCUGAAGGCUAAAUCCAUCCUCUCCGCUCAGCCCCACAAGAGGGCUUAACUUUGCAAUUGAUCGAGUUCCUGAGUCCGACCUGUUUUUGGUGCUAAACCGCUGGAAUUUUACAAUGGGUCUUCGGGCUUUUUUUUGUUUCGUUUUUUUCCUAAAUGCCGAUCCCUAACGUGUGAACACAUCUGUCCAGGUUGCUUUUAUCAAAUGGCAGUAUUAAUGACGGCUUUAUUUCAAAGGAAGAAUAAAAUCUUAUUUCGAGUA